CUUUUCUCAAGAAUCGUGAUGGCCAAAGAAGGAAAGAGGGAGAGGAAGGAGAAAAAGGAAAAAGGAGUCGAUCAUCGUCUCGAGACAUACCGCAAAGUGAUCAAGAAGCAGAAGGCACUACAGAAAAGCACGGACGAGACCGAAAAAGUUGCGGAAGAAAAUAAGCCCGAGGAGAUUAAAACACCCGAUAGUACUGUAGAGCAAAAAGAUCCCGCCAAGAAGCCACCAAAGAAGCCAAAGAAGCCAAAGAAGCCAAAGAAGAAAGUGGAGAAGCCAAAGCCGGGACAGGUCAUUGUAGUUGAGUCGCCCCUCCCUGGAAAAGCAGCAGCUCUGGAGUAUCUCCACAAGUGGAAUGAUGAUCGGAACAACUGGUCCUUUAAGAAAAACAAGCAAAAUUGGCUGAUACGUCAUAUUCUCGACCCCUACCAAAUUACAAAGGAGGAUUUUAAGAUUCUCUUGCGUUAUCUCAUGGGCCUGGAGGGAAAUAGCAAAUCUCUGGUUCUUGAUAUCUGCAAGAAAGCGAAGGAAGCCAUCUCGCCGAACAACGAACAACCGACAGAUGCUCUGGAGCGUAUCCAGUUAUCGCGAGUAACCGUUCUCACAUCGAUGUUUGAAGGAAAGUGA